AAAGAGCUCAGUUUCCCUUCAGGGCACAGAGGCUGUUUGUCUUCACAGAACGUGAAACCUAUGUGACAGUCAGAGAGAAAAUAGGGAAUUAGCGCAGCAAGAAAAUCAAAUGGACCCAGAAACCUUCACUUGUUCGAUCUGUUUGGAUCUACUGAAGGAUCCAGUGACUAUUCCCUGUGGACACAGCUACUGCAUGAACUGUAUUACAAAACUCUGGAAUGGCGAGAAGGUAAAGAAAAUCCAAAGCUGUCCUCAAUGUAGGCAGAUCUUCACAGUGAGGCCCGUGCUGGUGAAAAAUACCAUUUUAGCAAAUUUAGUGGAGGAGCUGAAGAAGACUGGACUCCAAGCUGCUACUGCUGAUCACUGCUAUGCUGGACCUGAAGAUGUGGCCUGUGGUCUCUGUAUUGGAAGAAAACUGAAAGCCCGCGAAUCCUGUUUAAUCUGUCUGACUUCUUACUGUGAGAAACACCUCAAGCCUCAUUAUUAUUCACCUACAUUAAAAGAACACAAGCUGGUGGAGCCCUCCAAGAAGCUCCAGGAGAACAUCUGCUCUCAUCAUGAUGAGGUGAUGAAGAUGUUCUGCCGUUCUGAUCAGCAGAGUAUCUGUUAUCUCUGCUCUGUGGAUGAACAUAAAGGCCACGACACAGUCUCAGCUGCAGCAGAAAGGACUGAGAGGCAGAGAGAGCUGGAGGUGAGUCGACAAAACAUCCAGCAGAGAAUCCAGGACAGAGAGAAAGAUGUGAAGCUGCUUCAACAGGAGGUGGAGGCCAUCAAUCAGUCUGCUGAUCAAACAGUGGAGCAGAGUGAGAAGAUCUUCACUGAGCUGAUCCAUCUCAUCCAGAAAAGAAGCUCUGAUGUGAAGCAGCAGAUCAGAUCCCAGCAGGAAACUGAAGUGAGUCGAGUCAAAGAGCUUGAGGAGAAGCUGGAGCAGGAGAUCACUGAGCUGAAGAGAAAAGAUGCUGAGCUGAAGCAGCUCUCACACACAGAGGAUCACAUCCAGUUUCUACACAACUACCCCUCACUGUCAGCACUCAGUGAGUCUACAGACUCAUCCAGCAUCAAUAUCCGUCCUCUGAGCUACUUUGAGGAUGUGACAGCAGCUGUGUCAGAGGUCAGAGAUAAACUACAGGACAUUCUCAGAGAGGAAUGGACAAACAUCUCACUGACAGUCACUGAAGUGGAUGUUUUACUGUCGGAUCCACAAGCAGAGCCAAAGACUAGAGCGGAAUUUUUAAAAUAUUCACGUGAAAUCACACUGGAUCCAAACACGGCAAACACAUAUCUGUUAUUAUCAGAGGAGAACAGAAAAGCAACAUCCACAAAGAAACAGUCUUAUUCUGAUCAUCCAGACAGAUUCACUGGAUGGUGGCAGGUCCUGAGUAGACAAAGUCUGACUGGACGUUGUUACUGGGAGGUGGAGUGGAGAGGUGGAGGAAUUAUUGUAGCAGCUGCGUACAAGAAUAUCAGCAGAGUAGAAACUGGAUGUUGGUUUGGACAUAAUGACAAAUCUUGGGCAUUAGAUUGUUUGAAAAAUAGUUAUACAUUUUGGUACAACAACAUCCAAACUCGUGUCUCAGGUCCUCGUUCCUCCAGAGUAGGAGUGUACCUGGAUCACAGAGCAGGUAUUUUGUCCUUCUACAGCGUCUCUGAAACCAUGACUCUCCUCCACAGAGUCCAGACCACAUUCACUCAGCCGCUCUAUGCUGGACUUUGGCUUUGUUAUUCUUAUGGGGACAUUGCUGAGUUUGUUAAACUGAAAUAGACUGAAUCCUUUCAUACUGUUGUGGGAUUAAAACAGUAUUUUAGUUUCCAUUUCUUUUUUUGUUUCCAUCAUUAUUGUGGCAUUCUGCAAUGCACAGAAAUCAGUUACACAUUACAGGUGGUACCUUGACAUGUUCUAAAUGUUCUCUUGAUGUUUUUGAGGUCUUGUUAGAUUGAGCUCUUUACUGUGUCUGUCUAGCCAUAAAAACAAUCACUUCUUGUGACUCCUGUGAACAAACUGACACGGUGUGGUUUUACAAAUGUCUCUUUGCUGAUGUUGCUGAAGAUGCUGAAAGCUCAGUGAAGUUUUCUUUAAAAUGUUUUUCUGAAGGUUAAUUUUAAAAUUGAUGCACAACACAAGAGGGCACCUUCAUCCUGCUAACAGGGAUGUAGAGGAGGUUAAAACACCUCAGCUCAGUUUGUCCACAUUUUUUAGAUUCUGACAUGUUUUUAGCCUGAUAAAACCCUUUAUGAGUCGAUUGUAUUGCAAAUCAUGGUAAAAAGAAUCAAAUUGUCAUUAGCUAAUUAAUUUGGAGCUGUAUCAUGUAAUAUUAUAGAAACAUUUCCUUCAAAAACAGAAUAUUUACUAACUGACCUUUUUCCAUGGACUCAUGUCUUCCUCAUCUUACUGCCACGUUGAAACCACAAACUCCAGAAGAUGUACAACAAAUUGUGCAUCUUCACCACACAGCUUUCUACUGUUUACUUUCAUACCCACUAAAUAAGAACCAAAAAUAUAAUAUAAUUAAUAUGAAAGUAUGAAUUUUUAUGUACCCCUUAAAAGAAAAGAAAUCUUAUUUGCUUGUUUCUUCUUGGUCAUAAUCCUGGAUCCUGAAAGGUUUUGAGUUUUUGGACUUCUAGUGUAUCCCUGUUCACUGUACCCUCUGCUAAACACCCCUCCCAAGAGGUUUUGGCCUCUAGUCAAAGGAACAUUGUAAUAAAGCAUAUUUCACCCAGUGGGGGUUUAAUUUAUUC